UUUUAGACUUACGAAUAUAUUUGACUCCGAAUUAACUUCUUUUACAUUUUCUUUUUCUUAGUUUCCAGUGAGUACAACACAAAUACAAACAGUUCCCGGCGAAGCCUAAAAAAUGGUGAGAGUUCACGUCAAGUCCGGCCACGAUUCCUGCGAAUUCGAGUUUCUUUACGAGUGUCAGAGCGACUUAUUGAUCGAUGAAAUUGCUUCGGAAGUUAUUCAAAUCUUCAAUCUCCAAUCUAAAAUUCAUCGGCUUAUUUCAGAAUUCGAACCCCUUCUACUUCCCUUUAGUGGCGAUCCCAAAGCUACGUCUCUUUUGAGAGCUUUCUCAGAAGCAAAGUCCUACGCAUCUAAGGACAUGGUUAUCCACAAUAGGCCUUUAUCAUUUCUUGUGUUGAGACACCAUUUUGAGACUAUUGAAAGAGAAUUGGUAGCAAAGUUUGAUAUAUUGGGUGUCUAUGAUUCCACUCAGUAUCAACAACUUUCAUCAGAUGUCGGCCUUCUUGACAAGGAUACGACUCAGCUAAAACUAGCAGGAAAAGAGCUCAUGAAGGAGAAACAACUCUGCGAUUAUAUUGGAAGAAAUGAGAAAACUAAGAUCGUUCUUAAACUACAACCGAAAAUUACACCCCCAAGUUGAAUACUGAUGCAAUCUGUCAGCUAUGAGUGCAACGUGCUUGACGAACCUGCUCGAGUUCAAAUUCCUGCUAUUAUGUGAAAAUUUUGAGAUUUGAUAGUAAUGGGAUAUAUGGAAAAGUGGACAAGAUUUUGGACGUGAGAAAGCAGAUAAGAUCUCAAUAUUUUAGUUUGAUAUAUGAUAUGUUGAAUAUCAUAAUCCUUAUAUCAUCAAUGUGUUAUCUCUAUCUUCUGUUUGAGUAACCGAUCCUAUGUUUGGGUUGUAAAUUUGUUGGAUUUAAACCAUUCGCAUAGCAUUAUUUUGGUUGAGUUCUUUAAAUUUAAGCCAAAAAAAAUGGUGAAAAGAAAACGUUAAUAUCUAAGCAUUUAUUUUCUUAAUAUUGAAACUCAAGUUAUCAUUUUCUUUC